AUGCCACACCUUGACCCCGACCCUGCACUGAAGGCUGCCGCAGCUAAUGACCAUGCGAACGUGGUGGAUAACUUGCUGACGGAAACGCACCCUACGGGCAGAGAAGCUUUCGUCGAGGCAGUGGCACGUAACAACAUGGAAGUGGUGAAACUGUUCCUUCGAAAAGGUUACCCGGCAGAUUCAUGGUGCAUUGGUGAGGCGUUGAAUAAAGCUGCGGCAGCUGGUCAUAAGCGUAUUGUAGAACUACUACUUGAAAAGACCGACGACUGGUUUGUUGGAAAGGCACUGUGCACUGCGACGGAAGCGGGAUGCACAGAUUUCGUGGCACUUUUACUGAGUCGAUAUGAACACGAGUUCAUGUCACUGGGUGAUAGUGUGAAGACAGCAGCGUCAAACAACCACUACGAGGUCGUAGAACUCCUACUCCAGCCCAAAUUGUCUAUAAUGGAACUGCUACUGGAUAAGUAUCCCCGCCAUAUUGGUGAAGCAUUUGACAAAGCUGUAGAAGGCAGUAAAGUGAAGACGGUCAGCUUCCUGUUGGAUGGUGGGCAGGAGAAGUACACGGCUUAUCUCGGCUUUAAAAUCCGCAGAGCAAUACAAGCGAUCGCGCCAUUCCGCAGGCUCGAGAUGGCCAAACUACUUACCACCAACUGCAGCUAG